AUGUAUUUGACAGAACUAGGCUUCGAAGUAUCGCACAAUAUCAGAGCUACAGAUGCACCACCAAUUCCUCAGGCAUCCGAAUGGGCGCGAAAGUACACCCCGACCCCAUCGCGGCCGCUGCUUGACAUGUCACAGGGAGUCCCCGGAAUUCCUCCACCGCUUGAGUUCUUCGAUGCCUUAGUUGGUGCAUCGCAGUCGCCUGAGAGUGUCAAAUAUGGAUCCAUCGCGGGCGACUUCGGGCUCCGCUCCGCUCUGGUUGGCGAGAUGAAAGGCGUGUAUGGAGAGCACAUCGAUGUCGAUGCGAAUGAUAUCUCUCUGACGGCAGGGUGUAAUAUGGCAUUUCUUGCGACUAUCAUGGCGGUUUGUGAUUCAGGAGACGAGGUCAUCCUUCCCGUACCUUGGUACUUCAACCACCAAAUGAGCUUGACCAUGCUGGGCAUCAAGCCCAUCCCGCUGCACUCCUUCCCUGAAGACGGAUUCAUCCCCUCUGUGGAACGAUGCUCGAGACUCAUCACCGAACGCACGAAAGCCAUCGCGCUAGUAACACCGAACAACCCUACUGGCGCAAUAUAUCCGCCGUCUAUCCUCCUUUCUUUCACCCUCCUCGCCCAAAAGCACCGCCUCCCUCUCAUUCUCGACGAGACCUACCGCGACUUCAUCACUACGGGCCCACCGCACGCCCUCUUCACCGACCUACCUCUUCUCUCCUCCCCCAACUCCUGGUCCUGGCGCACAAACAUAAUUCACCUCUUCUCGUUCUCCAAGAGCUACUGCAUUCCAGGACACCGCCUCGGCGCCGUCGUCGCCGCGCCCGCGCUGCAGCGCCACAUCCGCACCGUCCUCGACUCGAUGCAGAUCUGCCCCCCACGUUCUGUGCAACUGGCACUAGCACCGCUCCUCCCGUCCUUCCGCCCGUUCAUACGCACGAUGGCGAGUGAGCUCGAGGCGCGGCAUGCGCUGUUCAGGGCCUUGUUACCGGGGGAAUGGCGCGUCGGCGCGCAGGGGGGCUAUUUCGCGUUUGUGCGGCACCCGUUUUCCGGCGUGAGCGCGAAGACGGUGUGUCGGGUCUUGGCGGAGGAGUGGGGAGUCGUGUUCCUGCCUGCUGAGUUCUUUGGGUACGGAGGAAGCGCGGAUGCGGAGGAGGGCAGGUGGAUGCGCGUUGCGGUCGCGAACGUAAGCGAUGAGGCGGUGAGGAUGGCGUGUCAAAGACUGAAAGAGCAUUUGGGCGCGACGCAGUGGACGAUUGAUUGA